AUGUGUGGAAUUAGUGCUGUUCUUUCUCUUGGGAGCCAUCCUGCAUCUUCGAAUGAGGAACACUCAUUGCCCCUGGAUGGUAAACUUGAUGCAAGCUUGGAUCUUGUUCAGCACCGUGGACCCGAUGCCCGUGGUACAUGGACCAGCGAUAAUGGCAAAGUUGCCCUCGGACAUGUCAGAUUAUCUAUCGUCGACCUUAGCCCGGAAGCAAAUCAACCAUUCCAUGACAGCGUUGAUGAUGUCCAUGCAAUCGUGAAUGGGGAGCUUUAUGACGAUGAAUACUACCGAAAUCUCCUGGGUACCGAAUACGAUUUCCGUAGUCGAAGUGACUGCGAGAUUGUCCUGGCUCUUUAUAAGCACUACGGUUUAUCGUUUCUAUCCCACCUCCGAGGUGAAUUCGCUUUGAUCUUGUGGGAUGCUCGCAGAAAGGUAUUCAUCGGCGCGAGAGACCGAUAUGGAGUGAAGUCGCUCUACUAUACAAUCGUGAACAAUCAGCUACUUGUAGCAACCGAGAUGAAAUGUUUUCUACCAUUUGGUUGGAAACCCGAGUGGGAUGUCCAAGGUCUUCGAGAGUGUGGUUGGGUGUUUGGUACUGGGACAAUGUUCAAAGGGGUUCAAUCGGUUGCUCCGGGUCAUUAUAUAUCAAGCCGCAACUUCAGUGCUAUUAGAGAUGCAGUCUACUGGGACGCGGAAUAUCCAGACAAGAAUACUCCCGAGCUUCGCUCAGAAUCUGAGAUGACCGAGGGCGUGCGAAACCGUCUCAUGGAAGCCAUCAAAGUUCGACUUCGUGCCGACGUGCCUGUGGGGAUCUAUCUCAGUGGUGGAAUUGAUUCCUCGGCGGUCGCUGGAAUGGUAGCUCACCUCGUUAAAGAGGAAGGAGCUCGAGUGGGUAACGACCAGAGUCAUCUUGUUUCUCGGAUGAAGUGCUUUACCGUACAGUUUGAUAAAGAUAGUGGAGCUGACGAGUCAGAUAUUGCACAGCGUACCGCUGAGUGGCUCGGUGUCGAAUUUCAUCCCGUGCCUAUCACCGAAGAAAUUAUCGCAUCUAAAUUUGAAGAUACCAUCUGGCACAGUGAAGUGCCCCUUCCCGACACAAACGGUAUCGGGAGACUAGCCAUGGCCGAAGCCGCGAAAUCUCACGGUAUCAAAGUGAUAUUAACAGGAGAAGGAUCCGACGAGCAUUUUGGUGGAUACAAAGAGUUGGCAAACGACUUUUUGCUUGAAAGCGAUCCCUCAUGGUCCCCCUCGCUGUCCGAGGCAGAGCUCGCAGAAUUAUCACAGCAACAAUGCGGUCCCGAUCAUGCAGCAUACCUAGCCAUCAAAACUGUCAGAUCGCUACCAGAGUCAACCUGUAAAAUGCUCAACAACAUCUCGGUUCUUACCAAACUCGCAUUAGUCUCCCGCCUACCAUUCGCUCCGUGGACUGAAACUUUUGCGGCGACGCACCCGGAAACCGCACAGGUAGAAGGUCUCGACGGACGAGUUCGCGACUCAAUCAUCAAUCGCUGGCAUCCACUGCAUACGGCGGAGUAUAUUCUUACGAAAGGCCUUUUCCCCAAUUUGCUGCUUCGGUAUCUUGGAGAUAACGUCGAUAUGGUCCACCAUAUUGAAACUAGACCCCCGUUUCUAGAUCACCACCUCACUGCAUAUGUCAACAGCCUACCGCCUAGCUUGAAGAUCAAAUGUUCCUUGCCGGAUAAGUCUUUGACCGAGAAGUAUAUCCUUCGAGAGGCGGUGCGGCCCUUCGUUACGGAUGAGAUCUACAAGCGGCCAAAGAAACCGUAUGUUGGACCAACGAAAUUUCCCGAGAACGGGCCUUUGCAUCAGUUGUUCAUGCGCCUGAUUUCUCAAGAGAACGUAGAGGCUCUUGGGUUUUUGGACUGGAGUGCAACUGAACAGCUUGUUAGUAAGGCAUUCAAGGAUCAGAACCCACUGUCCUUUCGAGCUGCAUUCCAAAUUUGUCAAAUCGUGAUCAUCUCGCAAAGAUUUGGAGUUGCCAGAGCCAGAGCCUGA